AGAUAGUUUUAUUUUUCGCGACCUUGUGACCUUUGGGCCUGGAUAUAUCUGUUAACUGCAAGCUUAAUGGGGUCUUCAUUCUCCAACUAUGUUGUAAGUACUGUACGAGUUACAUGGACGGAAGCGUUUGUCUUAUGCAAACAGAGUGGAAUGGAGUUAGUCUCAAUAAAAACCGCUGAAGAACAUGAUGCAAUAGCACAGGCUUUGUCUCAUUAUUCUACGAAAAAGGGUGUUGCAAACGGAUAUUGGAUUUCUGCUAGACGCUUCACUGGAAAUUCCAUUGUAUGGUUUAAUAGCGGCAAGCCACUGAUCUACACCAACUUUGCAGACGGUCAACCGGACAAUGCGGGAAAUGACGAAGAAUGUGUGGAAUUCUUUAUGCCGUUGGAGAAAUCUUAUAAAUGGAAUGAUAUAAAUUGUGGUCAUAAAGCUGGUUAUAUUUGUCAAGUACGAAAUGAAUGUGACUAAAUGUAGGGACUAGGAAAGCACAACUUCAAUCUUUGUAUUCUAAUUAUGUGCAAUCCAUCAAAUUCUCAAAUAUUACAUGUGGCAUUUA